UGGACACUGAGUUCUACGUGUUUUAGUUAACAAAAUUAGGUGCACAUCAGAAUCAACGCGAAAGACUUUUAAGUGUUUAAAGUAUACUCUAAAUUUUUGGUAAUUGAAAGUAAAUAAAUAGGGCACUAAAAAUGGCUACCCGUGAUGCUGCUUCAAAUCAAUUGAUUGAUUAUAAGAACUGUCAAAAGGAUUCGGCAGGUGUCGUUACUACUGGUAGUGGCGCGCCCAUUGGAAUUAAGGAUGCUUCGCAAACGGUGGGUCCUCGCGGUCCGAUUCUGCUGCAGGAUGUCAACUUCUUAGACGAAAUGGCUCAUUUUGAUCGUGAGCGCAUUCCGGAGCGUGUAGUUCAUGCCAAGGGUGGCGGUGCGUUUGGUUACUUUGAAGUUACUCACGAUAUCAGCAAAUAUUGCGCUGCCAAGGUGUUUGAGAAGGUCAAGAAGCGCACCCCGGUGGCCGUUCGAUUCUCAACUGUGGGCGGAGAGAGCGGCUCGGCAGAUACGGCACGUGAUCCUCGUGGAUUCGCUGUAAAAUUUUAUACGGAUGAUGGCAUAUGGGACUUAGUGGGCAACAAUACGCCCAUUUUCUUUAUACGCGAUCCUAUACUGUUUCCCAGUUUUAUUCAUACCCAGAAGCGCAAUCCGCAGACGCACUUGAAGGAUGCGGAUAUGUUCUGGGACUUCCUGACCCUGCGCCCCGAAUCCACUCAUCAGGUUUCGUUCCUGUUCAGUGAUCGUGGCACACCUGAUGGCUUUUGCCACAUGAAUGGCUAUGGCUCGCACACCUUCAAGUUGAUCAAUGCCAAGGGUGACCCCAUUUACGCCAAGUUCCACUUUAAGACAGAUCAGGGCAUUAAGAACUUGGAUGUAAAGACCGCUUCUGAUCUGGCGUCAAGUGACCCUGACUAUAGUAUACGCGAUUUGUACAACCGGAUCAAGGGCUGCAAAUUUCCUAGCUGGACAUUUUAUAUACAGGUGAUGACCUUCGAGGAGGCCAAAAAGUACAAGUACAACCCGUUUGAUGUGACCAAGGUUUGGUCCCAUAAGGAAUACCCAUUGAUACCCGUAGGCAAAAUGGUACUCGAUCGCAAUCCAAAGAACUACUUUGCCGAGGUGGAACAAAUUGCAUUUAGUCCGGCUCACUUGGUGCCUGGUAUUGAGCCAUCGCCAGACAAGAUGUUGCAAGGCCGUCUCUUCUCGUACUCUGAUACGCAUCGUCAUCGCUUAGGACCUAACUAUUUGCAGAUCCCAGUCAAUUGUCCGUAUCGUGUUAAGGUCAACAAUUAUCAACGCGAUGGUUUUAUGAAUGCCACCGACAAUCAGGAUGGAGCACCAAACUAUUUCCCCAAUUCUUUUAAUGGCCCGCAGGAGUGCCCACGUGCUCGCGCCCUCUCUACUUGUUGCCCGGUGACCGGCGAUGUUUACCGUUACAGCAGCGGUGAUACGGAGGAUAAUUAUGGUCAGGUCACCGAUUUCUGGGUGCAUGUCCUAGACAAUUGCGCUAAGAAACGUCUAGUGCAGAACAUAGCCGACAAUUUGAGCAAUGCCAGUCAAUUCUUGCAAGAGCGUGCGGUUAAGAACUUUACGAUGGUGCAUGCCGAUUUCGGUCGCAUGCUUACUGAGGCACUUAAUCUAAUCAAGUCCUCCAAGUUUUAGAAAUUAGACUAAGCUUGCAGAGAAGUCAGUUAUUGCACUUUAACUACAACUAUCAGUUCUUUGGUUGCGGGAAAAUGUUCAUGGUUCUCAAUAAUAUUUAUCCCUACCCAUUCGUGUGCCUUGCUUUAAAAUGUUAAAAAUUAGUAAUAAUGAAGACAAAUUAUACAUUUGUAACGAUUCGUAAUAAACUAACCUUUUGAUAUAAAAAAAGUG